AUGUCCACACGCCCCCUGGUGUCCGGACUGAAGAGUCACCAGCGCCCCCUGGUGUCCGGACUGAAGAGUCACCAGCGCUCCCUGGUGUCCGGACUGAAGAGUCACCAGCGCUCCCUGGUGUCCGGACUGAAGAGUCACCAGCGCCCCCUGGUGUCCGGACUGAAGAGUCACCAGCGCUCCCUGGUGUCCGGACUGAGGAGUCACCAGCGCCCCCUGGUGUCCGGACUGAGGAGUCAGCAGCGCUCCCUGGUGUCCGGGCUAAGACUCCAGGAGCAGGUUCCAUGUAUUUGUGUCCUGGGCCCCGGACCCGGACUCGGACCCGCGCCUGUGGCUGGAGCCAUGUCCGCCCGGAGUGCGACGGCCGGCGGCGGUGACAGAUCGGCGCAGGCGGCAGCAGAAGAGGCCUCGGCUGUAGAGGGCAGUUCCAUGUGUCUGUCGGACCUCAUGAGUCCUCCAUCGUCCUCCAGCUUGUCCUCAAUGAUGGAGGUCCCACGGAAACGCAAAGGAAGCACAGACAACCAGGAAUCCAAGUCUGUGUCCAUGUUUGAUGAGGAUAUGGACGAUGACGGGUCUGAUGAAGACGACCAACACGCCAAAGUCAAGUGCUGCAGAGAGCCUCACAGUCAGAUUGAGAAAAGGAGACGAGUGCGGAUGAACAACCUGAUCGAUAAACUGUCCACCAUGAUCCCUGUGCCCCACGCCAUGUCCCGCAAACUGGACAAACUCACUGUGCUGAGGAUGGCCCUGCAGCACCUGCGCUCACUCAAAGGUUCUGGAAGCUCUUUCUCCGAGGCCAGCUACAAACCAUCGUUCAUUCCUGACGAGGAGCUGAAACAUCUGGUCCUUAAGGCAGCUGACGGGUUCCUGUUUGUCGUGGGCUGUGAUCGCGGAAAAAUAGUCUUUGUCUCGGAGUCGGUCACAAAGAUAUUAAACUAUAGUAGGAGCGAGCUGAUUGGUCAGAAUCUGUUUGAUUACAUUCAUCCCAAAGACAUGAGCAAAGUGAAGGAGCAGCUGUCGGCCUCAGAGCUGUUCCCGAGAGAACGACUCAUCGACGCUAAAACUGGUCUGCAGGUCCAGGCUGACCUUCCCAUCGGUGCAUCACGGUUGUGUUCUGGCGCCCGUCGUUCCUUCUUCUGUCGAAUGAAGUACAAUAAAGUUUCAGUCAAAAUGGAGGAAAAGGAGUUUCAGGGCGGAGCCUCCAAGAAGAAAGUGUGUGUUGCAGAGUCGCAGCGGUUCUGCACGGUCCACUGCACUGGUUACAUGCGCAGCUGGCCGUGCAGUCAGCUGGGACCAGAAGGAGAGUCUGAGCUGGGAUCAGAAGGAGAGGCUGAGGCAGACAGCUCCUCGUGCCUCGUGGCUCUGGGGCGGAUCCACUCCCACGGCUCCUCGCUGCACAGCCCCGAGCUGUCAGUCAAACCCACAGAGUUCGUCACACGAUACGCCAUGGACGGAAAGUUCACCUUUGUAGACCAACGGGCCACCACAGUCCUGGGGUACCUGCCACAGGAGCUGCUCGGGACCUCGUGUUAUGAAUACUUCCAUCAGGACGACUGGGUUCAUUUAGCAGAAAGACACCGUAAAGUUCUUCGAAGUAAAGAGAAAGUAGAAACAAAUUGUUAUAAAUUCAAAACCAAACACGGCUCCUUCGUCUCGCUGCAAAGUCUGUGGUUUAGUUUCAUAAACCCUUGGACCAAAGAAGUGGAGUACAUCGUGUCCACCAACACUGUCAUAUCAUACGACCACAGUCGAACAAACCAAUCAGGAUCCAGAUCUGGACCAUCCUCCAACUGCAAGACAUCUGAAGAUGGGAAGAAGGCUGUGGUUCCGUGGAGCUCGACUCCUGGAGCCAUGAUAUUUCCUGGAAGCAUCGGGAUCCAGAUCGCUAACGAGCUGCUGGACUGUAACAGAAUCAACUCGUCGCCCCCUAGUGGUAACGUGAGUCCCCUCAGUCUCCCGCCCAAGUCUCCACAGACUCACAACCAGACUUGUGUUACUUCACCUAAGGUGCCAAACGGAGAAGCCACAGAUUCUGAGAAACCAGGGAAGUCCUCGUCUGAGGAGGAGCCGCAGGGAGCCGCCUUUUCAGGAGACGCACAAAUGGAGCCGUCGCAGAUGGAGCUGGAUAACGAUGAGGAGACCAUCUCAGCGAUCAUGCGCUUCUUGGCCACGGACUCAAACCUCGGAUCAGACUUUGAGGAGAUGCACUGGCCCCCAGACCUGUCCUCAGACCUGUCCUCAGUCCUGUCCUCAGUCCUGUCCUCAGUCCUGUCCUCAGACCUGUCCUCAGUCCUCAGACCUGUCCUCAGUCCUGUCCUCAGUCCUGUCCUUAGUCCUGUCAUCAGACCUCAGACCUGUCCUCAGUCCUCGCUCCUCAGUCUCGGUGCUUAA